AUGAUGGAGCUUCAGGACCGUCAGCAGCAGCAGCAGCAACAACAACACGCUGACCAGGAGCAGCAGCAGGAACAACAGCCUGCUGGCCACCAGCAGCAGCAGCAGCAGCACCCGGAGCCGCAGCAGCAGCAGCAGCAGCAGCAGCAGCGUGAUGCUAGCAUAACGCUCGAGGGGUCACAAGGGACCCCCAGCCCGGAAGAGCUGCAGUCAUUCCUUUUAAACAUAGAAGACGCAAGCCCCGAAAGCUUUUCUCCCGCCGAUGAAUACCGUCCUGCGGGGAGUCCCCGCUACAGUGUCUGGGGGGCCGGGCGCCAGUCGGAGAGCGAGCCCCCCGAAACCCCCGAAGGUUGGAUUUCUUUUUUGAAAAACACUAUUCCCUUUUUCUUCGGAGGCAACGCAGUGAAGCAAAGACAGGCCAAGUUGCUGCUGAUAGAAGCCCUGGACCACUUCGACAUGAUCAACGAUUUGUUUUUCAUUUUGAGGGUUUCGCUCGUCCUCUGGAGAAGAGGGCCUUUUCAUGAACUGCGGAGUGUCCGUUUCGUGCUGCUGUGGCUGAGCUGUUUGCGUCUCUUCAUGCCCUUUGCCGUCUUCAACGAAAUAAAGCGCGCCGGAGUGCAGUGCCCACAGGCACUGUUUAUGUUUGAGCGGCUGACGUGGACCUUUCAGCUGCUGAUGCGGCUCGUUGAAGAUUUGCCGCAGCUGAUAAUGUCUUUAAUUUAUCUUAUAAACAACGGCAAAGAUAUUUACGCCAUCGUCGUCAUCAGCUACAGCAGCACUAUGUUUCUUAUCACUUCAAUCCGCAUGGGCAAACGCUAUCCUUUUAGAGGCACUCUUUAUUUGCUGUUUUCUUCUAGAGCCCCCAUGUAG